AGCAUCUAAAUAAGAAAAAAGCAAAAUGGUGUUCAGAAGUUUUUAUGGGCUUAGCCUUUUCUUCAUCUUUAUUUUACUAGUUUUGCAGGAAUAUGUUACACAUGCAAGUCAAGUGGAGGAGAAUGACAUGGUUGCAGCUAAGAGUAGGUUCGUAAUGGUGCCUGAGAGCAGCUUGAAUUGUGAAAAGGGAGUUGAAACUUUAUGCAAAAUUGGAGGACGAAAAAUGGUAGCCGGAGAACCAAAAUUGAAGAGAAAGGAGAAGAAAAAUGAGAAAGGCAAGACAAGUGGGAGAAAUAUGAAAGAUUUGAAGGUAGAAAUGGAAAAUUUGAUGGUGCUUAGUGCCGAUUAUCGUACUCCAAAAUCACAUCCUCCAAAGAAUAACUGAGAAACUUGUGAAGAAUUUUGGCUUAAAGUGAGAGAACAAUUUUCCCCACUGCUCUUGCUUAAGAACUCAAAAUCUAGAUAUAAUGUCGAUUAUGUUAUAUUAUAUUACUUGUAUGUAUGAGAGAAAAUUUCAUUUUGUUCAAAACAAUUUUGAAUAUUAUGUGUAAGAAAGUUUCUACAUUUGGCAUACUUUUCUCGAGAGUUCUA